ACCCCCGCUCCACAGAAGCUCCUGCGUUGAAGUUUUUUUCAAACGUAUUCCUGGUCUUUUUUAUUUCACAACAGCCGCGGCAGGGUGAUUGAUUAAACAGCACAUCUCCUCUCUCUCUCUCUCCCCCCCCUGUUCUUUCUCUCUCCUCCAUCUGCACUUUUUCUUUCUCCCCUACUUUCUGUUCUCUGCCUGCAAAUUGAGGCAAUCCCACCCCCCACCUCACUCCAAGUACUGUAACGCGUGUGUGAACACACACACACACACACACACACACACACACACACACACACACACACACGAGAGAGAGAAGGACUGGGACAGAGGAGCCGGGAGCAGCAGCCGCAGCAGCAGAGGAGAUCCUGAGGCUGAACGCAGAGGCUGGAGAGAGUGCGUGGAUGAAGGGGGUCAGUGCCACACAGACUCGGCGAUGCGCGGCCUGCAAGCUUCCUCUGCCGGGAACUGGAGGUCUGUGAUUGCAGAUGAAAAUGGCAGGAGACUUGCGGGUUCACAUGGACCAUGACAUGGAGAUAGGAGUGGCUCCCCGAGAGGUUAAGAAGCUUCCCAGGCGAGCUAGAGAAGGCCUGGCCCACGUCUCCACGGACAGGACCCAUCUGAUAGCCGAGGCAGUCAAGAAGCCCAGGCAGCGCUACGUUCAGAAGGACGGCAAGUGCAAUGUGCACCACGGCAACGUGCAAGAGACCUACCGGUAUUUCAGUGACCUCUUCACCACCCUGGUGGACCUCAAAUGGCGCUUCAGCCUUUUCAUCUUCACCCUAGUCUAUUGCGUAACUUGGCUGUUCUUCGGCUUCAUCUGGUGGCUCAUCGCCUACAUCCGUGGAGACCUUGAGCACGGUGAUGAGCAAGGCUGGACUCCCUGUGUGGAGAACCUCAACAGCUUUGUGUCCGCCUUCCUCUUCUCCAUAGAGACAGAGACCACCAUUGGGUAUGGCUACAGGGUGAUCACGGAGAACUGCCCGGAGGGGAUCAUCCUCCUGUUGGUCCAGGCCAUCCUGGGAUCCAUUGUCAAUGCGCUGAUGGUGGGCUGCAUGUUUGUGAAAAUCUCGCAGCCCAAGAAGAGGGCGGAAACCCUCAUGUUCUCCCACAAAGCGGUCAUAUCGGUGCGGGAUGACAAGUUGUGCCUCAUGUUCAGGGUGGGGGACCUCCGAAAUUCGCACAUCGUCGAGGCCUCCAUUCGGGCCAAGCUCAUCAAAUCCAAGCAGACCAAGGAAGGUGAGUUCAUCCCUCUCAACCAGACAGACAUCAACGUGGGCUUCGACACUGGGGACGACCGCCUGUUCCUGGUAUCUCCCCUCAUCAUCUCACACGAGAUCAACGAGAAGAGCCCAUUCUGGGAGCUCUCCAAGGCCCAGAUGGAAAAGGAAGAGUUUGAAAUUGUCGUCAUCCUAGAAGGCAUGGUGGAGGCCACAGGCAUGACCUGUCAGGCUCGUAGCUCCUACCAGGACACCGAGGUGCUGUGGGGCUACCGCUUCACCCCUGUGCUCACCCUGGAGAAGGGCUUCUACGAGGUCGACUACAACACCUUCCACGACAUCUACGAGACCCCCACGCCCUCCUGCAGCGCCAGGGAGCUGGCCACCCUCGUCCGAGAGGGCCAGCUUCUCCCCCAGCUCUGCCUACCCCCACUGGAGCCCACACCCACCCUGGCUCUCGGCCCCGGGCAGCAGGAGGAGAACGGAAGAGUGGAGCGGGAGCCGGCGGAGGACUGGGAGGGAGGAGAGGCCCACCGGCCCACCGGGAGAGGAGGCCUGUGCGUAGCCAUGGAGACCGGCGAAUCAGUUUGUUGUCCAAGCCCUCGACCAAACACAGUGACGUAGACAGUAUGUGAAGUACAGCCAAGAGGAAUAUGCAGCCUUUACAAAUUACCUCUGCUUUAAAUAUAUCUUUUUUGGCUAUUUAUGUUUCGUUUUUCACUAAGUGGUUGGCUUUUUGUUUUUCGUCUCAGUUUGUUUUGGGGGCUGGAAGGACGGGGGUUUUGGGGUUGUGUGCUGCCAGAAACAGAAACUGUUUAGCCUCAAGUCCCUCUUUUUCAAGACCACAGGCUGUCAGCUCUUCACUAAUCACUUUGACCUCUGUAUCCGUGUUUUGGGGGGACUGCAUACACCUCUACAGUCAUCCCUCAAGCGGGGCGCAGUUUUAUUCAGCAUGUGGACUGCAUUCGUAGUUUCCCCAAUCCUAUUUAUUUGAUUCAAAAGAUUUUUUUUUUCCUUUCUAUACCACAGAGGCUCUUCGAAUCCCGGGUUUAUUUAAAAGAAGGAGGUGUUAAAUGUACAGUAUUUUUUUUCGAGGGGGGAGAAAGCUUGUGCACUGAAAUGGAGGAGAGGCACGGCUCUUUGGGGACUGUUUUCAAGAAGGAAGUAGGGAAAUAUGGUAAUGGAUUUUGUAUACAGUAUAAUAUAUCACCAUAAUCACUGUAAAGAGCCGUCUUGCACUCUGCAGAUCUCCCCAGUCAGGAAUGAGCCAAGCCUUUCAAAACACAGUGCUGUUCCCAGACCCCAGACAGUGUUGCAGGGCCACGCAAUACUGUCAGUACCCCAUUGAUAAAUGCGGUAUUUACUAAUGAGGAACAGCUGACAAUUGUUGGGCCAUUGUCAGCAUCCUCUUCUGCCAAAGGGCUCCUGCAAAUGGUCAGUUUCCGGAGGAAAGGAGAAAAGGUUUGGUUCUGCAGGAGAUGGGAGGUUGGUCUUUGUCGGUCAAUCCAUAUACAGUACGUCUGGGGAGUGUAUUUGUUCACCAUUGUUGUUUUUCACACCAUUUUCAUCCAGUUUUAGGGUAAAUUAAAAUGCAGUUUGCCACA